GACGUCGCGAUGGAGUGCUACUACGGCACCCGGCCGACGGCAGAGUCGGUGAGCCAGCCCAUGCAGCAGAGUUUCGUGACGAGCCCCAACCCCCGCCGUCACUCGCCAGCAGAGAUCCAGUUGGCGUCGGCGGGCCAGUUCAUACAGCAGAGUUUCGCGACGAGCCCCAGCCCCGCCCCCGCCGUCACUCGCCAAUAUAUAUCCAGUUGGAGUCUGCAGCGUCAACACGUGCAGAAAAGAUACCGGUGGGUACGCGAAGGAGACGGCUGCAGCUCAAACUGCUGGGUAUGUCAUACUACAGUACCGGUAUCCAGGUACUCUAUCAGCCAGAAUGCUGGAGUAUCAGAUUUUCGCGAAACUCUCCUGCAACCCACUGCGUGUCCCCCCUACCUACGCAUAGGGAGUACUGGAAUUUCCCCGCCACUGCUACAUACAUAUCGCAUACUGUACAUGUCUACCUAUGAAUGUACUCGACAAGUCUGCCAUCGCUCAAACAGCAGGAGGCAAUCCAUCCCGCGCAUGAUGCAUCUCGCCAUGGAAACCCUCGACCGUGGCAUUCGACGAACCGGUCAACGUAUCGCCUUUUGUUUGGACUUUUGCGGAGACGAGACCCUCGCCUCCAUCUCAGCCCUUCACUCCGGAUCGUCCGGGAUGUGCAACCAGACACCAGUGUUUCUUUAGGAUCAGGGUUGCAUGUCGGCCGCCAGGGCUGAGAGCUGGCGGCGAUACGCUCGACAACCGACAGGUUCGAGAGGCCGUCGCAGGUCGGAGCUUGAAGCUUACGAUGUUGGGAAGCGGGAGAUAUGUAUCAGUAUGCGGGCUGGUGACGGAUCAACAUGUAUCUGCUGGAGGCAUGCUGGCUGUAUGGUAUAUCAUUCAGGUGUAGUAGAUUCGUCAAAGAGCAUGCCCUUAGUCUUCGCUGGUUCGAUGGGACCUGAAAAUAGGGUCGGUAUGAAGGCCUGGAAUACGAACGGCAUCCACCAACCAGAAUCAACCCCAUACGAUACCUACGAAACGCCCACCAUAGAAACAUGGAGCAGAUUCCGCUUACUGUACAUGUCGUCUCAACGCGCUAAUUGGCCGCGACUCGCAAGAACUUCCGUAAGCUUCGAGCCGUUUGCACUUGGAUCGAAGCAACGGUAGCCGCCGGCAAUCACGGCCAUCCGUUGUAG